AUCCAAAUCUAGUAUUCUUUUGUCCUCAUCUCUAAACUCCCUUGUCAGUUCUCACUGGUUGCAGAUAACACAAACUUAUAAGAUCAGAAGACUCUUGUACUGUUCUCUAGCCUCGUAAUUGCCCUUUCUUACUCAAGUUUCUUUUUUCAGCAGCAGAUAUCAUGGGUAAAUUCUUGACUGUAAUCACCCACCUUCAUACUCUUGCUGGGCCAGUGGUGAUGUUGCUCUAUCCUCUAUAUGCAUCUGUGGUGGCAAUAGAGAGCACAUCGAAGCUGGAUGAUGAGCAAUGGCUUGCUUAUUGGAUUCUCUAUUCUUUUCUCACUCUUAUGGAGAUGGUCCUUCAGCCCGUGCUUCAAUGGAUACCAAUUUGGUAUGAUGUGAAGUUGGCGCUAGUGGCAUGGCUGGUACUUCCACAGUUCAGGGGAGCUGCUUUUAUUUAUGACAAGUUUGUUAGGGAAAAGCUCAUCAACAAAUAUGGAGCUUCAUAUUUCAGAGACAAGUCUCCCCCUCCAGCCAAGGUGGAGCGUGAAACCCAGUGAGGAUAGAGGAGGUGAAGGAUUAAUCUACAUAUGUGGAAUUAAGCUUUCCUCUUUCGUUUUCUAAUCAGCGAAGAAUUACACUGUAUUUUAGUGCUGUAGAUCAAAUGAGCAGAUAAUGUGGAUGUCGUGAAUGUUGUAUCA